AUGAAAGUCCCGAACAAGAGGGCUCUCAUGUUAGAACAUGAAAAACUUGUCAACAUAAAAGGUCGGAAGCGUGCCAAGCAUUCUUCUCAUCCGAGCUUUUACCAUCUUUAUAGGCCGCAUAACAUAAACAAAGGAGAAGUUCAUUUCUGGGGGGAAAUGCUCAUAAAAGUCGUUGCCGAGAAGGCAUUGUCUCCGGAGUGGAUUUAUCGUUCCAAGGAGGUAAGAUAUACGGCCCGAGCCUUCCCCUGUAAUGAGACAGUAAAAAACAAAGGUCCUCGCUCUCUGCUGAUCCCCUUGCCCUCAGCCUCUCAUUCUCUCAUUCCGUUCCUCCAUCCUCUCAUCCACCGAUAG